GUGCAGGAAGCAUGAAGGCCGUGAUUUUUGUCCUAUCUGUCUUGGGAACAGCAGCUGCAAUCCCGACAAAUGCACGGUUCUUAUCUGACCAUUCCAACCCAACUGCUGAAACACUGGGAACACCUGACAAUACUGAAAUCCCCAUUUUAAGGGUUGAAGAUGCAGAAAACGAAAAGGAAACUGCCUUAUCCAUGGAAGACCAGCCCACCCAUAAGGCUGAAAUAUCUUCCAUGCUAUCAUCAGGAGAGGAAAACCAUGAGCAGUUAGCAGAACAGGACAAGAGUUACAGCCAAGAGCAGGGAUUGAAGGAGCAAAAGGAUAGUGAUGGGGACCUAAGUGUGAACUUAGAAUACACACCCACAGAAGGUACUUCGGACCUAAGAGAGGACAAGAGUCCACGUGAAAAGGAAGAACUCCCAGAGAAUACUGAUUUCCUUGCUUCUGACGUUAGUUCUUUGGUGGAUCCAAACCAGCAAGAAAACAUUGCGAAGGGAGAGGAAAACCAAGAACAACCGAUAAACCACGCGCAUCAUCAGUUAGACAGGAGCAGUGAACAUAGCCAAGACUUAAGAGAUCAAGGAACCCAACAGCAGGACCCAAAUAUUCCCAAUGGAGAAGAGGAGGAGGAAAAAGAGCCAGUCGAAGUUGGUACCAAUGAUGAGAACCAAGAAAUGGAAAAAGAAUUGCCCAAGGAGCAAGAGGAAGCUGAUACCCAACCUGAUGAUGUUGUGGAAGAGUCCAAUCAACCAACUCAAGUGAGUAAGAUGCAGAAGGAUGAGUUUGGGCACGGUAGCCAAGACCAAGAAGAGGAUACCGUCGAUGCAGAAAUGGAAGAGGAAAAUGCAUCGGAUAUCCAUAAGCACAUUCCAGAGGCUGAAGGGCAGAGCCAGGAGGAAAAAACUAGCCUUGAAGUUACCAACAGCCACAAGGAGAUGGAUAAGAAGACAGAUUCUGAGACUUUGCGCACAGAACCUACUGAUGAUGGCAACAUCAUGCCCAGAAAUCAUGGGACCGAAGACAAUGUGGGUGAUGACAGCCCCAGGCACAGUGAAAGUGAUGACGAUGUCAUCCCAAGCCAGGACUUUCUAGAGAGUGAAAGAGCUCAGUCCAUUAACUAUCACAUCAAAGAUGAGGAGCAAAGAGAACAAGCACAGGAGAGUGAAAGUGCGGAUACCAGUGACCCUGGGCACUACCAAGGGGCCAAGAAAGCAGAAAGUUCAUCAAAUGAAGAAACUGCAAGUGAAGGCAGCACGCAGCUCCACGGUGUUGACUCUUGCAUGAACUUCCAGUGUAAAAGGGGACACACCUGUAAGGCGGACCCACAGGGAAGACCUCACUGUGUUUGCCAAGACCCUGUGACCUGUCCUCCGACGAAACUCCUUGAUCAAGUUUGUGGCACUGACAAUCAGACCUAUGCCAGUUCCUGCCAUCUGUUUGCUACUAAGUGCAGACUGGAGGGUACCAAAAAGGGCCACCAACUGCAGCUGGAUUAUUUUGGAGCCUGCAAAUCUAUUCCUGUUUGUACGGACUUUGAAGUGACUCAGUUUCCUCUACGGAUGAGAGACUGGCUCAAGAAUAUCCUCAUGCAACUUUAUGAACCUAACCCCGAACACUCUGGCUAUCUAAAUGAGAAACAGAGAAAUAAAGUCAAAAAAAUCUACCUGGAUGAAAAGAGACUCUUGGCUGGGGACCAUCCCAUUGACCUUCUCCUGAGGGACUUUAAGAAAAACUACCACAUGUAUGUGUAUCCUGUGCACUGGCAAUUUAGUGAACUCGACCAACACCCUAUGGACAGAGUCUUGACGCAUUCUGAGCUGGCUCCUCUGCGAGCGUCUCUGGUGCCCUUGGAGCACUGCAUAACCCGCUUCUUUGAGGAGUGUGACCCCAACAAGGACAAGCACAUCACCUUGAAGGAGUGGGGUCACUGCUUCGGAAUUAAAGAAGAAGACAUAGAUGAAAAUCUCCUGUUUUGAAUUGAUUCGAAAAAACUCAAUCUUUCCAGCAUCCUAUUCUGUCCUAACCACUUCUGAAACACAAGCUGCUGUGAUACUUUUAGAUUUAUAUGUAGCAAAAUGUUUGCAUGUGUAAGAAAACAAUGAGAGUAGUUGCUAGAUA